AUGACUUAAUAACGAGGAAAUCACAUCAAAUAUUUAGAAGAGUCCAUGGAAAUUAAAUAAUACAUACGAGAAUAUGAACUAACAGAUUUUCGGUUUGAAAUUGUGGCCAUUUUAGUCUAUUAUAAGAUGAAUACAGCAAAGUUGAACUGUGAUUUUUGCAUGGAAAUUUACCAGUCUCAUUCUAUCGUGGAUGUUCUCACCAUUUCAACACAAAAAGACGCAUCUUAGACGAUAUGAUCUAUCUAAGAAGUACUCAUGCUAAAUUUGAGAGUGAAAGUGAGAACCUUUCUUCACUCGAGCACACGCACUUGCAUCCUCAUACUCAUCCUAUGAAUUCAUAACAUCGUAGGGCUCAUUCUUUGUCUAAAACUGAUCUACUAAGUUGAUUCUCUCGUAAAUUAAAUUUAGACUGACUCCGACAACAAAUAUAUUAUCGCCAAAUAAUCUUAUUGGUGGACCUCUUAUUCCUAAUUCCACAUUGGAGGUGUUUAUUCGAUUUCAAUUAUUCGCGCGAGGUGGGACAAGCGAUGUUGGGCGUCCAUUGACAAACCAUCCACUAGCUGAACCGAUUGUAUUAGUUGAUGAAUUUGAUACUUGGCAUUUCGAUCAUCUACAUAAUCUAUUUGAAUUGAACCUAUUAUCUCCUAACAAGACAUUUCCGCGAAAAUGGAAAUUAAAUUCUAAUACACAAAUCUUUUAUUUAUUUGAGUUAUCUGAUGACGGUAUCAAUCCCGAUCAAGAAGAUGAACUAACAGUAAGAAAUGUUGAUCGACCAAGUACAAUAUCAUUUGGUAGUAAAUCAUACUUAUAUAGACAAAGAAUGAGCCCUACGAUGUUAUGA